AUGGGGCUCAACUUGACACUUGCAAAAUUACCAGGUAAUGAACUGUACAGCCAAGCAAGUCCCACUGCAAACAGCACAAGCGCAGGACAUGGGAAGAACUCCACCCUGCACAACAAAUUUGACACUAUCAUCCUGCCAGUGCUUUACCUCGUCAUAUUUGUGGCAAGCAUCCUGCUGAACGGUCUGGCCGUGUGGAUCUUCUUCCACAUUCGGAAUAAAACCAGCUUCAUAUUUUAUCUCAAAAAUAUAGUAGUAGCUGACCUCAUAAUGACCCUGACGUUUCCGUUCCGAAUAGUCCGUGACUCAGGAUUCGGACCUUGGUACUUCGAGUUUAUCCUCUGCAGAUACACCUCGGUUUUGUUCUACGCAAACAUGUAUACAUCCAUUGUGUUUCUUGGGCUGAUCAGUGUUGAUCGCUAUCUAAAGGUGGUAAAGCCUUUUGGUGACUCUCGCAUGUACAGCAUAACGUUCACCAAAGUUUUAUCAGUUUGUGUCUGGGUGAUCAUGGCUGUUCUGUCCUUGCCAAACAUCAUACUGACUAACGGUCAGCCCACUGAGGAAAAUAUUCAUGACUGCAUGAAACUUAAAAGCCCUUUGGGAGCCAAGUGGGAUAUGGCUGUCACCUAUGUUGACAGCUGUUUGUUCGUGGCUGUGCUGGUGAUUCUGAUUGGAUGCUACAUAGCCAUCUCUAGAUACAUCCACAAAUCCAGCAGGCAGUUCAUAAGUCAGUCGAGCCGGAAGCGAAAGCACAACCAGAGCAUCCGCGUGGUCGUGGCAGUGUUUUUCACUUGCUUCCUCCCGUAUCACUUGUGCAGAAUCCCCUUUACCUUCAGUCACUUAGACAAGCUCCUAGAUGAGUCGGCACACAAAAUUCUCUACUACUGCAAGGAAAUGACACUUUUCUUGUCCGCAUGCAAUGUGUGCCUGGAUCCGAUCAUUUAUUUUUUCAUGUGUAAGUCAUUCUCAAGAAGGCUAUUCAAGAAAUCAAACAUAAGAACCAGGAGCGAAAGCAUCAGGUCACUGCAAAGUGUCCGAAGAUCAGAAGUGCGUAUCUAUUAUGACUACACCGAUGUGUAG